UGAAUUAAUUGUCGACCUUAGUGAUGAUAAUACUGAUGAUGUGUGCUCGAUAGAUGUUGAUGUAAUUAGUGAGGAUAGUGACUAUUCUACUUAGUUUUGUAUCUAGUGUUCAAUGUAUUAUACAUAUUGAGAAAUAAAAAGUUCGUUUCCAAAUAGCAUGUUUCAAAUGACCUAAUCAAUUGAAAUAAUACUCAAUAAAUUAAUUAUAAAUAAUAAUUAAAUAUUAAAAUAGAUAGGUUAAAUUACUGUCGUGUUAGUAGAUGUCAACAGAUGUGGCUAGAGCUCACGGUGGAGACGCUGGCGGUGAUCCUCCACCGGAUCCUACUAGGAUCCCGACUACAUGCGAGUCAGGAAUCCCAACUAAGAAAAAGGGUCGUGGCGCAGCUAUUGGAAAAGAUCUAGAGGAGAGGCGGCGUAAAAAUGGAAAACCACUGGAAGUAACAUUUUUCCCACGAACGUACAAGGUUGUUGGGGGCGAGCACGCUGCUUUUGUCCGCCUUGUGGGAACCCAAAUUAAAACGAAAGUUCCCGGACAUUACGGUUCAUGGGAAUUAGUGCCUAAACAAUACAAGGAUCAGGUCCUUGGCAUAAUUCAGUACUAUUAUCAAAUAGCGGGCCGCGAGGAUUUCUUAAAGUGUUUAGAUGGUAUCGAUCGAGAGAUGAAAGACCGAUACCGUAAUAGGAAAACACUAAGACACAAACACUUUGAGAAACACUACAAUGGACCGGAGGAUUGGGAUAAGGUUCUAAACAACCCAACCAAUGAUGUUAACAAGGAGGAGUGGAAGCAGAACUGUCAGUUAUUUACAAGUCCACAAUUUAUUGCGCGCUCCAUAAUGAAUAAGGAAAAUCGGAAGAAACAAAAGUAUUCUACAACGCAGGGUACAAAAUCGCUGGCAGCCAUCCGUUUUGAAAAAACGAACCCGGACCUCAUUGAGUCAUGGAAGGAUUAUCAUUGGAAGAAAGCAACAAAUGAUUUCAUGAACGAUGAUGCUCGCCAAGAUUAUGCUGAUUUUGAGUUACAAACUUAG